AUGUCUAAAACAUUUAAGAAAUGCACAUUUACAAGAAAAAGGACAUUUAUUUGUGAAUAUCAAAACGCGAGACGAAAAUUGUUAGGUUUAAGUCUUCAACAUCGUUGGAAUCCUGGUCGUUAUGAGGCGCGUCUUUGUAGACGAAGUUCUCUUCGUUUACUUCGAUUAUUGAAUUCAAAUAAUACUGGAGCUUCCCAACAAUCAAUUGGAGGAACUUUGUCAAUUCCUGGAUUGAGAGGACUUGUAAAUUUGGGAAAUACUUGUUUUAUGAAUAGUAUUAUACAAACACUUGUUCACAUUCCAAUGCUUAGAGAUUAUUUUCUUUCAGAUCAACAUAACUGCAAACUUUGUUCUCUUACACCAAAUUCUGAUUUAAAUACUUGUUUGAUGUGUGAGUUAUCACAUAUAUUCCAAGAAUUUUAUGGUGGUGAAAGUCUUUAUUCUCCUUUUGUACCUAAUAGAAUGUUACAUUUGGUUUGGACGCAUGCAAAACAUUUAUCUGGUUAUGAACAACAUGAUGCACAUGAAUUUCUUAUAUCCGCCUUAAAUAUAUUACAUAGGCAUUCUGAAAGUAUUUUUAUUUUUUAUUAG